AUGGAUGCCACGGAAAUUCUUAGGAUUAUCGUGUCACAAGAAGCACGGACGGCCCAUGUUGAACGAAGUGUUGUGGAAUACAAACAGGAGCUCGCCAGGACACGCCAUACCCUGGAAAAGACCACAAAGGAUCUGGAAGAAACUGCGAGGGUGGCCGAACUUCUCUACGAAUUAAGUCAGAAGCUUGGGACGGUGACCGAUUAUCUCGUGAAACAGCAGAGACUAUUGGACAAUAAGGACCGCAUUUCGUACGAAACCAUUUUCAAUAUUCUUCUCAAGCAAGCUGAGUCUCAGGAGGAUGAGCCCAAAGUCGAAGGGGACAGCAUAAGUGACAAACAAGGUGGACUCGAACAUCCCGCUGGUGUCAUUGCGCUGAGCUAG